AUGGUCUCUAAGAAACAUGAUAGCCUCACGUUAUCUAAGAUAUCACGUACCUUGAAAAAUAGGUCUGCCUUAACCAUAAAUGCAAUUGCUUGGUUGAAAAAUAUUUUCCAAAGUGUUGGGUUCAUGAUCGUCGGGUCACCUUGUCUCACCGUGUCAUAUCGAGGUCAUGUCCCUGCGCUGUUGGUAACUUUGCCUGACGAGAGUGCGCCCAUUCUGCAAGUUAACCAAGAGGUCAACAGGGAUUACAAAGAAAACUGCACCGAUAAUGAAGACUUAACACGCAGUCAGACGGUACAGCUCGAGUAUGUUGGUGAUUUUUAUGCUGGGGAAGACUCAGCUGACCGUGGAAAUAGCACAGAAUACUCUUACAUGGAUAUGCUCCUUGGUACCAACAUCGACAAAAGAUCUUUGAAAGUGCAGGUAGAGCAAGAUAUGGUCGUUGAAGAGAACUGUACGUUGAACUGCCCUAUAACUACAACAACCGAACCGACAACAAGUACAACAGAAAUGUCAACCACAGCUGAGGAUACUACAACUACUGAGAUAACUCCCAGCACUUUUGAAAGCUCCACUGUUCCCGAAAUAACAACUCCCUCCACUACUGACACAACGACAACAACCGUUACAACGACCGAACCGACAACUACGACGGAAAUGUCAACCACGGGAGAGGAAAGUACAGCUACCGAGAUGACAACAAUCUCCAGUACUCCUGAAAGUUCCGAUGUAACAACUAUAACUCCCUCAAUUACUGACACAACUACAACAGCUUUUAUUACUAGCGACACAGUUACAACAACUGUAGCUCCUGACACAAUUACGGCACUCGUCACAGACACUACACCAACCAACGAGGAAGAUGAAGAAGACGGAAGUAUUCUCCAAUUUCUCCAGGUUGUUGAGGACGAAGAUUGUGGCAAUGGCACAGAUGAAAUCAGUCAGACUAUCGUCAUUGAAAAUGAAUAUGGCAUGGAUGAAUUUUAUGAAGCACUACACAGAUUGCAAGAGAGUGAGAAGGGACAUUCCGUAUUGGAAGCAAUCCUCUCCCAGAACUCGAAUACCAGUUCCAAUGAGACAACUUGGUAUUACAUGAAUGACCAUGAUGUUAUAGGGAUGGAGGAUGAGCAAGAAUAUGAGAGCGACGUUCACGUUGGCCACGGCUUGUUGGUCAUUUUGCCCGUAAUCGUUACUGAAGACAGCUUCCAGUAUGUUGUUCUCAUUCGUACCUUCAUCGACGAGCCUGCUAGCCCUAUCAUACAGAUUUACCAAAGCUAUGAAGACCAAAGCUCAUGCGGAUGUAGCGGGGAGGAACACAACGCCACAUAUGAACACGGGGUGGAUGUGCCAAAACAAGUCAUUCAAGACAUUAGUCUAAAUGCGCAAUUUCACCCCAGGUCAAACCGAACUGAGGAAGAAAUGGACUUAUCUACUAUGACGGGAUAUAUCGCUAUGUUAGCGGCUGUGCCUGAAUAUCAACGUCAUGUCGAAACAAUUAUCAUUAUGAAUGAGAUUGAAGAGGAAGAUUGCGAAACAACUACAGAGCCUACUUCUACAACUGAGAUCACUCCCACAACUGAUAUCACCACGGAUACUUCUACAACAGAGACUACUUCUGUAACUACAACUCCACAGAUGACUACAACGACUGAAGCCACAACUUCUGAAACGACAUCUAUAGCUCCUGAAACUACAACUUCAUUAACAUUUACAACUGAAACCACAACUUCCGAAACUGCUGAGACAGAAACUGAAAUAACUACAACUCCGAACAUAAGCACAACUCCUGAGAUACCUACAACUAAGGUAACCACAACUCCUGAGAUAAGCACAGCAAAUGAAGUAACUACAACACAUGAAAUAACAGCUCCUGAGAUAACUACAGCUGAAACGCCAAUGACAACUGCAACCCCAGAUAUGAUAACACCAGAUGAAACCGACGGUGAAAUUAUCAUCCAAAUCGACCAAGCAAGUGAAAGGGAAGAUUGCGAUAACAGUUCAUCAACUUAUGUUCAGAGCGUCGUUAUUAAGAACGAAUACGACAUGGCCAGUCUCAAGAAUGCCCUUCACAGAUUACAGGAAGGCGAGAAAAGCCAUUGUAUCAUUGAGACGGUUUACUCCCAAAACGCCUCCAGUUCUGACAAUUCAUCCUGGUACUUCAUGGACGAGCAUGAGAUUGUGUGGAUGGAGAAAGAGCAGGAAUACGAAACUGAUGUCCACAUUGGAUACGGGCUUCUGAUGGUCCUGCCAGUUCUCGCAGCCGGGGACUCCGUCGUGUACAUCGUUCUCUUUAGGACAUUUGUUGACGAACCUGCCAGUCCCAUCGUACAGAUCUAUCAAACUUUUGAGGACGAGAGUGCAUGUGGGUGUGUGGAUGGCGAAGGUGAAAAUACUACUAACCAUAAUCACGCAACGGAAGUAAUCCAGCAUUUCGCAUCCAACUCAAACCAUACUGUUAGAGAUAUGGACCUAACAUCAAUGACGGACUAUAUCAUAAUGCUUGGGGCAGUGCCAGAUCACAGUCGCCAAUACCUGUCGAUGACGAUUGAUAACGAGAUCGAAGGAGAAGACUGUGAAACGACAAGAGAAGUAUCUACAACUCCUGAAAUUACAACUUACGAAACUACAACGAUCUUAACAACUGAAAUUACUACUACCGAAAUACCUUCAACUCCUGAAACAACUUCGGAAACCACAUCUAAGGCUCCUGAAACUACAACAUUUACAACUGAAGCCACAACUUCAGAAACGAUAUCUACAACUCCUGAAACGACAUCUAUACAUCCUGAAACUACUUCAAAAACAUUUACAACUGAAACCACAACUUCCGAAACUGCUGAGACAGAAACUGAAAUAACUACAACUGAGAUAAUUACAACUCCUGAAAUAACUACAACUGAGAUAACGGCAGCAACUGAAGCCACAACUUCCGAAACGAUAUCUACAACUCCUGAAACGACAUUUAUACAUCCUGAAACUACAACUUCAAAAACAUUUAUAAAUGAAACCACAACUUCUGAAACGACAUCUAUAGCUCCUGAAACUACAACUUCUGAAACGACAUCUAUAGCUCCUGAAACUUUAACUUCAAUAACAUUUACAACCGAAACCACAACUUCCGAGACUGCUGAGACAGAAACUGAAAUAACUACAACUCCUGGGAUAACUACAACUGAGAUAACCGCAGCAACUGAAGUAACUACAACACAUGAACCUACAGCUGAAACGCCAGCGACAACUGCAACCCCAGAUAUGAUAACUCCACCCGAUGAAACCGACGGUGAGAUUAUCAUCCAAAUCGACCAGACAAGUGAAAGGGAAGAUUGUGAUAAUAGUUCAUCUACUUACGUUCAGAGCGUCGUUAUUGAGAACGAAUACGACAUGGCCAGUCUCAAGAACGCCCUUCACAGGUUACAGGAAGGCGAGAAAAGCCAUUGUAUCAUUGAGACGGUUUACUCCCAAAACGCCUCAAGUUCUGAUAAUUCUUCCUGGUACUUCAUGGACGAGCAUGAGAUUGUGUGGAUGGAGAAAGAGCAGGAAUACGAAACUGAUGUCCACAUUGGACACGGGCUUCUGAUGGUCCUGCCAGUUCUCGCAACCGGGGACUCCGUCGUGUAUAUCGUUCUCUUCAGGACAUUUGUUGACGAACCUGCCAGUCCCAUCGUACAGAUCUAUCAAACUUUUGAGGAUGAGAGUGCAUGUGGGUGUGUGGAUGGCGAAGGUGAAAAUACUACUACUCAUAAUCAUGCAACGGAAGUAAUCCAGCAUUUCGCAUCCAACUCAAACCACAGUGUUGGAGAUAUGGACCUAACAUCAAUGACGGACUAUAUCAUAAUGCUUGGGGCAGUGCCAGAUCACAGUCGCCAAUACAUGUCGAUGACGAUUGAUAAUGAGAUCGAAGGAGAAGAUUGUGAAACGACAACAGAAGUAUCUACAACUCCUGAAAUUACAACUUACGAAACUACAACGAUCUUAACAACUGAAAUUACUACUACUGAAAUAUCUUCAACUCCUGAAACAACUUCGGAAACGACAUCUAUAGCUCCUGAAACUACAACAUUUACAACUGAAGCCACAACUUCCGAAACGAUAUCUACAACUCCUGAAACGACAUCUAUACAUUCUGAAACUACUUCAAAAACAUUUACAACUGAAACCACAACUUCCGAAACUGCUGAGACAGAAACUGAAAUAACUACAUCUCCUGGGAUAACUGCAACUGAGAUAAUUACAACUCCUGAGAUAACUACAACUGAUAUAACCGCAGCAACUGAAGUAACUACAACACAUGAAUCUACAGCUCCUGAGAUAACUACAGCUGAAUCGCCAACGACAACUGCAACCCCAGAUAUGAUAGCUCCACCCGAUGAAACCGACGGUGAGAUUAUCAUCCAAAUCGACCAAACAAGUGAAAAGGAAGAUUGUGAUAAUAGUUCAUCUACUUACGUUCAGAGCGUCGUUAUUGAGAACGAGUACGACAUGGCCAGUCUCAAGAACGCCCUUCGCAGAUUACAGGAAGGCGAGAAAAGCCAUUGUAUCAUUGAGACGGUUUACUCCCAAAACGUCUCCAGUUCUGAUAAUUCUUCCUGGUACUUCAUGGACGAGCAUGAGAUUGUGUGGAUGGAGAAAGAGCAGGAAUACGAAACUGAUGUCCACAUUGGACACGGGCUUCUGAUGGUCCUGCCAGUCCUCGCAGCCGGGGACUCCGUCGUGUACAUCGUUCUCUUCAGGACAUUUGUUGACGAACCUGCCAGUCCCAUCGUACAGAUCUAUCAAACUUUUGAGGAUGAGAGUGCAUGUGGGUGUAUGGAUGACGAAGGUAAAAAUACUACUACUCAUAAUCAUGCAACGGAAGUAAUCCAGCAUUUCGCAUCCAACUCAAACCACAGUGUUGGAGAUAUGGACCUGACAUCAAUGACGGACUAUAUCAUAAUGCUUGGGGCAGUGCCAGAUCACAGGCGCCAAUACAUGUCGAUGACGAUUGAUAACGAGAUCGAAGGAGAAGACUGUGAAACGACAACAGAAGUAUCUACAACUCCUGAAAUUACAACUUACGAAAGUACAACGAUCUUAACAACUGAAAUUACUACUACCGAAACAACUUCAGUAACGACAUCUAUAGCUCCUGAAACUACAACUUCCACAUUUACAACUGAAGCCACAACUUCUGAAACGACAUCUAUAAUAACUACAACUGAGAUAACGGCUGCAACUGAAGCCACAACUUCCGAAACGAUAUCUACAACUCCUGAAACGACAUCUAUACAUCCUGAAACUACUUCAAAAACAUUUACAACUGAAACCACAACUUCCGAAACUGCUGUGACAGAAACUGAAAUAACUCCUGAGAUAACUACAACUGAGAUAAUUACAACUCCUGAGAUAACUACAACUGAGAUAACCGCAGCAACUGAAAUAACUACAACACAUGAACCUACAGCUGAAACGCCAACGACAACUGCAACCCCAGAUAUAUUAGCUCCACCCGAUGAAACCGACGGUGAGAUUAUCAUCCAAAUCGACCAAACAAGUGAAAAGGAAGAUUGUGAUAAUAGUUCAUCUACUUACGUUCAGAGCGUCGUUAUUGAGAACGAGUACGACAUGGCCAGUCUCAAGAACGCCCUUCACAGCUCAAACCACAGUGUUGGAGAUAUGGACCUAACAUCAAUGACGGACUAUAUCAUAAUGCUUGGGGCAGUGCCAGAUCACAGGCGCCAAUACAUGUCGAUGACGAUUGAUAACGAGAUCGAAGGAGAAGACUGUGAAACGACGACAGAAGUAUCUACAACUCCCGAAAUUACAACUUACGAGACUACAACGAUCUUAACAACUGAAAUUACUACUUCCGAAAUAUCUUCAACUCCUGAAACAACUUCAGUAACAUCUACAGCUCCUGAAACUACAACUUCCACAACAUUUACAACUGAAGCCACAACUUCCGAAACGAUAUCUACAGUUCCUGAAACGACAUCUAUACAUCCUGAAACAACAACUUCCGAAACUGCUGAGACAGAAACUGAAAUAACUACAACCCCUGAUAUAACUACAAUUCCUGAGAUAUCUACAAUUCCUGAGAUAUCUACAACUCCUGAGAUAUCUACAACUCCUGAGAUAACUACAAUCCCUGAGAUAACUACAACUGAGAUAACCGCAGCAACUGAAAUAACUACAACACAUGAACCUACAGCUGAAACGCCAACGACAACUGCAACCCCAGAUAUAUUAGCUCCACCCGAUGAAACCGACGAUGAGAUUAUCAUCCAAAUCGACCAAACAAGUGAAAAGGAAGAUUGUGAUAAUAGUUCAUCUACUUACGUUCAGAGCGUCGUUAUUGAGAACGAAUACGACAUGGCCAGUCUCAAGAAUGCCCUUCACAGAUUACAGGAAGGCGAGAAAAGCCAUUGUAUCAUUGAGACGGUUUACUCCCAAAACGCCUCCAGUUCUGAUAAUUCAUCCUGGUACUUCAUGGACGAGCAUGAGAUUGUGUGGAUACAGAAAGAGAACGAAUACGAAACUGAUGUCCACAUCGGACACGGGCUCCUGAUGGUCCUGCCGGUUCUCACAGCCGGGGACGCCGUCGUGUACAUUGUUCUCUUCAGGACAUUUGUCGACGAACCUGCCAGUCCCAUCGUACAGAUCUAUCAAACAUUUGAAGAUGAGAGUGCAUGUGGGUGUGUGGAUGGCGAAGGUGAAAAUACUACUACUCAUAAUCACGCAACGGAAGUAAUCCAGCAUUUCGCAUCCAAGUUAAACCACAGUGCUGCAGAUUUGGACCUGACAUCGAUGACGGACUAUAUCCUAAUGCUUGGGGCAGUGCCAGAUCACAGGCGCCAAUACAUGUCGAUGACGAUUGAUAACGAGAUCGAAGGAGAAGACUGUGAAACGACAACAGAAGUAUCUACAACUCCUGAAACUACAACGAUCUUAACAACUGAAAUCAUUACUACAGAAAUAUCUUCAACUCCUGAAACAACUUCCGAAACAUCUAUAGCUCCCGAAACAACAACUUUUGAAUCGACAUCUGUAUCUCCUGAAUCUACAACUUCCAAAACAUUUGCAACUGAAACCACAACUUCCAAAACAUUUACAACUGAUAUUACGACUUCCGAAGCGAUAUCUACAACUCCUGAAACAACUUCCGAAACAUUUACAACUGAAACCGCAACUUCCGAAACAUUUGAAACUGAAACCACAACUUCCGAAACAUUUACAACUGAUAUUACGACUUCCGAAACGCUAUCUACAACUCUCGAAACUCCAUCUUCGGAAGCAUCAGUUUCAUCAACUCCUGAAACUACAACAUCCGAAACGACAACAAUUGAAGUCAUAAGAACCACAAGUCUAGAAUCAACAACAAUUUCCUUUGCUCCAGAAGAGACGUCCACAACCCCAAUUCCACCCAUUGAGGAAGACGAGGAGGAAAAUAUCAUACAAAUACUACAGGAAAAUGAACUCAUCGAUUGUGAUAACGAUACGAUGGAAUUUAACCAGUCUACACUUUAUAUGUUGAAUACAGAUUGCAGUACGGCGAGCGUUGUCACUCUAUUCUUGAGGCCGUCUACUCCCAGAGCUCGAGCGCCGGCAAUUCCUCGUGGUACUAUAUGGACGAUCACGGUGUUGUAUGGCUUGAUGACGAGAUAUGCCAAAGCUUUGUGUUUAGAUCACGUGGAUAUGAGGAAAGUCACAACGCUACUUAAGAUCAUGGCAUAG